AUGUUCAAUCUUGAUGAAAACGUCCCGCCACGCGCCCCCGGAGACCCAGACGGGUCGAUAUUCGCCCCGAUUGUCGACCCCAGAAGCAAAGACAAUACAAACACGUUUCCACUAGAUGGUGUCGAUAUCGACCGCGUUUCGGAUGCGGAUUUGAUCCAACUGGCGGACACUGCUCCGCUUCUGUACCAGAUUGGAACAGAACGAGUUCUCCGGGUUUCGCGGCACCUCGUCUUGAAAUGCGGCGGUUACAUUCUGCCCAGCGAGGUCAACGCACUGGAGCUCGUUGCGGCAAAGACCAGCAUUCGAGUUCCGCGCGUCCACAGGUCGUUUCAAGUCAGUGAUUCGAGCCAGCGGUUCGGAACCAAGGGGUAUUUCGUGAUGGAUUAUAUCGACGGUGAAAACCUUGGAGAUUGCUGGAAGCACCUCACCACUCAUCAGAAGCAAGACGUGGUUACGCAGACAGUGGCUAUGAUCAAACAACUUCAGGAUUUGGUUAUUCCAACAGCAGGCCCCAUCGGCGGAGGGCCCUGCCGCGGUCGAUUCUUUACAGUUUACAGUGCUGGCCCGUUCAGCUCUGCAGCAGAUAUGGAGGCCUGGUUCAACCACAAACUCACGAUAUGCAAACACUACAACAAAGCCCCGAAAGAUUUACCGCCCUUCAAAUUCACAAAGUUCGUCCUGGUCCAUCAGGACAUUAGCCCUCGGAAUAUGAUUUUAGAUGCGUCCGGCCAAGUCUGGCUGAUUGACUGGGCGGACUCGGGUGCUUAUCCGCCGGCGUUUGAGCGUGCGGCGCUAGCAGAUCAGCCUCGAUUUCCGGAGUUCAAUGGGAUGAUGCUCGAACGGCUUCCGAAACAAGAGCUUGAGGAGCAGCUACAGUCCAUCGCGUAUGGAUUGACUGUUGCAAGUUUCGCAUAA